AAGAAUUACAUGUGACAGUCUUCAUACUGGAAGCGCCUGGAAAUUGUGGAAAGAUUGUUUUGACUUUUGACGUGUGGCUUCGUUUUAUUUCUCAAAAUCAGAGAUUGGAUUUCCCGUGAUAAGGAUUGCGGAAGGCACAGGCGGCUUGAAUAAUGACGAAAUCAAAGAAGUCGCGGCGGGAGGAGACCUCCAGUUCCGAAGAAGAUGAAGAAUCUUCCAGCUCUUCGAGUUCUGACACCUCGAGCUCCUCAUCUUCUGAUGAAAGUGCGAAGCGUUCUAAAAAGUCGAAGAAGAAAUCCGCCAAACAGAAAAAGGCCAAACGCAGCACCAAGAAAAGUUCGUCGUCUUCGGCAUCGCAAAGCUCCGAUAGCGACGACAGUAAGGGAAGCCACUCACCUAGGAAACGUAAGCUCGGCACGUCACACGGUGAAUCAAAAAGGCCCAAAUAUGAUCACAAGUCAAAACGUCCCAGUGAGGAAGACGAGAAACUGCCCGCAGAACAGGACUUGACCAAUCGCUCAAAGUGGGACAGUCCCACGCGCGAGCACCCAUCGGAUGGCAGAAGCAGCUUCAGAAACCGUGACCGCAGAACGGAGCAACCAAACCGGCAUCGAGAUGGAGAUCAUAGGGGCAGGCGCGACGACGACCGUAGGCAUGAGCGUCCCCGCGACGCCCGUCCGCACGACCGAGACUAUGAGAACCAAAGGGAUCGCGAUCGAGACCGUGAAAAUGACCGGAAUCGCAACAGAGAUCGCCGCAGAUACGAAGACGAUCACGACCAGAACCGCAAUUGGAACAGAGACCGCGAUGUGGAUCGCAAGUACCAAGACAGAUGGAGGGAUAACGAGGAUAGGGGCCGCAGAGGUCACGACGCUGACAGGCGGGAUCGGCGUGAGAACAAUUUCAAGCCCAGAGGUAGCAGGAAUUUCCAAGGCAAGAAAGAAGAUGAUGACGGCUCGUACGAAUGGGGCAGACGUGUUAAGGAAGAAAAAGACGACGAGCCGCCUGCGGAGAAACAGAAACCUGACUUCGGACUGAGCGGCAAAUUGACUGAAGACUCAAACAAGGUGAACGGAAUCGUGAUCAAGUAUGCAGAGCCCUUGGAGGCGAGGAAGCCGAAACGUCGGUGGCGCCUGUAUCCCUUCAAGGGGGAGAAAGCCCUGCCCACGCUCUACAUUCACAGACAAAGCUGCUACUUAAUUGGGCGGGACCGCAAAGUCUGCGACCUGCCCGUCGACCACCCGUCGUGUUCAAAACAACAUGCUGCACUACAGUACCGCCUGGUUCCCUUCGACCGGGAAGACGGCACCGUCGGCAAAAGAGUUCGCCCCUACAUCAUUGACUUGGAGUCGGCGAACGGAACUUUCCUGAACAAUAAGCCAAUCGAGCCCAGGAAGUACAUCGAGUUGAUGGAGAAGGACGUGCUGAAGUUCGGCUUCAGUUCGCGGGAGUACGUGCUGCUGCAUGAAAACAGCAAAGAAGAUCAAUUGGACGAUGACGUUGCCGCUGAAGAGGUUCCGGAUGUCCAGAUAAAGGAGGAAGCCGUGGGGUAGAAUCAUAGCCGAACUCUUUAGCAAUGUGAGACGUUUCUUUACUUUUUUACUUUAAAAUCAAAUAGAAAAACUAGAAAGGGUAUAAUUGUUAAUACGAAAUUUAUUUUAAUGAUAGAAUAAAGUUUUAUCGUAUGAA